AUGUCCGCCGCCCCCACGCACGAACCGACGCUCACCGAACAGGAGGUGCGCGCGCCGCCGCGCGACGCAUCCUCCGCGCCGACGCCCUCCCGCGUCGCCGCCUUCCUACACUCCUCGCCCCGUCGUUUGAACAGAACGUUCAAACCCGCGCGCUCCCUCCCUCCCUCCCUCCCUCCCCUCCAGGAACCGCUCAUCGGCGCCGCCCUCCGCGCGCUCUACGCCGCCGUCCGCGCGAAAGAGGACGCGCUGGACGAGGCGCCGAAGAUCCCCAAGGACGCGAACACGACGACCGCGAAGAAGCUGACGACCGCGCACAACACGCGCCUCCGCGACGCGUUCGAACCCCUGAGCGACGUUCAGCUCUCCGCGAAGGCGCUCCGGGCGUUCAAACCGCGCGCGGAGGAGAUCGGCGUCAAGGCGAAGAACGUCGAGGACGCGUGCCUCCUCCGCGUGCUGAUCACGACCGCGUCGAAGAAGCUCCUCCAGAAGCUCGACAACAAGGUCGAACAGAAGCGCAAGCGGCAGGAGAAGGCUGCCGCGGCGAAGGAGGUCGCGAAGGUUCAAAAGACCGCGGCGGACGUCGAGGGCGUCAACGAGAACGAACCGAUGUGCGCCCCCGCGUGA